AUGUCGACACCAGUCAAAUCGACGCCGGUAAAGGCGGCGCUGCCCGAGACUGACAGCCCGGGCACGUGGCGGCACCCCAGGCUCAACGAGAUUACGCGCCGACGGAAUGCCACGACCUUUUCAGAAAAGAACUUGAGGCGGAUAGGCUACAACAUUGUCGCGCUGCUCGCCAUGUGGUCGGUGCAAUUGGUGGCGAGGCUGAAUGUUGACCCUCAAAACCUUCCCUACACGUUCCGCGCCUACCUGAGCUGGGCUUGGUUCGUGGUCCAACUCGUGCCGUGGGUGCAGAUUGCCAUGGCAUGCCUGCCGCUCCUCCGUACGCCGGACGACAUCACCGACAUCCCGCUCACCGCAGCCCAACGAAAGCUGCUGGGCCUUCCCCCAUCUUCCGCUCCGCCGACCCCCGACGCCAAGUUCAGCACGCCUCCGAGGUACUCGAGGACGCCCUCACUCGCGGGCUCAGUGGGAAGCAGAGCCAGCUACAACAGCUCCCCCUUGUCCGGAAGGGGAUCGGUCGGGGGAUCUCCCUCGCCGUACAACGGCCCCGGCAGCCCGUUGCUUUCAAAGAGCAUGAGCGGGCUUGUCAACGGGCGGAGGUCUUCGUUCGGAUCCGCGAGCCCGUUCGGAGCCAACUCGUCACCCAACUUGUUCAACGAGUCUCUUUCGCCUAGCUCACCUAGUCCGUCCGGUGGCAAGCGGACAAGCGUGGGACUCAACAGCAAGUGGUUAUACGAGAAGGGAAGGCGGUCGUCUGGAAGUGCAAGACUCCACUAA